GCAUCUGACGCGCGUGACCCCGGAAGUGGCGCGUAUCUGUUCUUUAUGAUGACGUCACGAGACUGAGCUGUUUAAGAUGGCGCUGCAGCCUGGAUCGGGGGGAGGUGGCAGUUUUAUGUACCCUGUUGGAGGGGGCAUUGGACCACCACAAGGAAUGAUGCCCAUACAACAGCAACAACAACAGCAGCAGCAGGGAUUCCCUCUUGUUCAGGUCAUGCAGCCCAACAUGCAAGGCAUGAUGGGAAUGAACUUCGGAGCACAGAUGCCUGGUGCCAUGCCUAUACAGGGUGGGAUGGCUAUGGGCAUGCAGACCCCUGGGAUGCAGUUCAUGGGUCAACCUCAGUUCAUGGGUAUGAGAGCUCCAGGGCCUCAGUUCCAAGCAGACCUGCAAAAACAAAUGGCAGAGGAACAUCAAAAACGUCUGGAGCAGCAGCAGAAGAUGCUGGAGGAGGACAGGAAGAGGAGACAGUUCGAGGAGCAGAAACAGAAAUUACGUCUGCUAAGCAGCGUCAAACCAAAAACUGGGGAGAAAAGUCGUGACGAUGCCCUAGAGGCCAUCAAAGGAAACCUGGAUGGAUUUAGCAGAGACGCCAAGAUGCAUCCAACACCAUCAUCACAGUCUAAGAAACCAGACUCAUCGCCAUCUCAUUCCUCUCUCACCUCUCACUCCCAUUCCCCCGCUUUUCCCGAGGACGACGAUGAGUUUAGUGACUUUAUGCAGGGCCCCGCCGAUUCAUCCUCUUCCUCCUCAUUCCCCUCUUCCUCCCUCCCUCCAUCUUCACCUUCACUGAGAGCCCAGCCGUUAGAGACGGGGUCCGUCCCACACCCCUCCUCUUCUCCUGUCCCCCCCUCACUCCCUCCAUCUCUCCAAGUCCCUCAUGCCAUCCAACACUCUUCUGUCAUCUCCAGCUCCCAAACUGCAUUCCAAGGCCCAUCUCUGGAGGAAAAGAUGUUCUCGUCAUGUGACUUGAUGGCUGAUAAGAAGGCCCAGGUUAGUUUUAAGCCACGGCAAGUUCUCUCUGAGCUGAGUCCCAAAGCUCGCGCAACGGCCCAGUUUCACAGCAGCUCCAAAGCCAGAAAUUGGGCUCAAAUUCAGGAGAACUUCAGUUCCGCCUUCAUCAUAGAGGCGGCACCUGAGCCUCGACCUGCAGUUCAAACGCCCCCUGUGCCAGAAACGGGGUCUGUUCAACCCACUAGCUCUAGCGGUGUUGCUGUCUAUCCCCAACAAGAGAUGCAACCCAUGGUGCCAGCCUGGUUGUACAAUGAAACCCUUAUCCCAGAAUUGUUCAAGAAGGUCCUUGAGUACACCAUGACACCAACAGGCAUCGACACGGCCAAACUCUACCCCAUUCUGAUCUCGUCGGGUCUGCCAAGGGAAGCCCUCGGACAGUUCUGGGCCAUGGCCAAUCGUACGACACCUGGAAAGCUUACCAAGGAAGAGCUGUAUACUGUACUGGCCCUGAUCGGUGUCGCCCAGGGUGGUCUUACAGUUAUGAGUUUGGACAUCCUCAGUCAAUUUCCCUCUCCGCCUGUACCCAAUCUGCCUGCCAUGGCUAUGGCCAUUCCUGCUGUCUUGCCUCAGCACCAGCAGUCCAUCAUGACCCAGCCCCCCGUUUCCAUGGCAAUGCCUGCUGCCACGCCACCUGUCAUGGGAAUGACCCCGAACCCGCCGGCACAACAACCCCCCAGCUUCGUCACCAACUUCCCUCCAGUUCAGACUGCCAAGGCAGAUGACGAUGACUUCCAGGACUUCCAAGAAGCUCCAAAAGCAGGAACUGGAGACGACUCGUUUGCAGAUUUCCAGGGAGAAACAGCAGGAGCAUUCCCGAGCAUGGCUUCAUCAUCAUCAUCCUCCCAGAGCGGUCUUCCUGCCAUGCUGACUCCCGUGUCUGGAUCUUCAUCCAAAUCCUCCUCUGAUAAAUAUGCAGCAUUUAAGCAGCUGUCAGUGGAGCCGCCUGCAGAGCCCACACCGUCCGUCACAGAUUCUGGGGACAAGUACAGUGUUUUCCGAGAGCUUGAGCCGCCUUCAGAUAGAAAAACAGUUGGCGAGGGAUUUGCUGAUUUCAAGUCUGUCAGUGCCGACGAUGGCUUUUCAGACUUCAAAACAGCCGACACCGUCUCUCCACUAGACCCACCAGACCAGGCCAAGUUCCAGUCAACUUUUCCUCCUCCUUUCGUUUCCUCUCCAUCUCUACCAUUGUCUCAUUCCCAGCCAACUUCUUUGGCUCAACCUAGAAAUCCUCUCAAUAUGGCAGACCUGGACCUGUUCGCCACAAUAGCUCCUCCCGCUCCCACCUCCACUGCUGACUCCAAACUCAGCUUGUUCCCAUCGGCUCCCUCCUCUUUGGUUCUGCCCUCUACGGUCCCCAAACCUCCCAGCGCUGGAGUAGACGACUUUGGUGAUUUCGCUCUUUUUGGCUCCUCCGAAGUCACGUCUGCCACCUCUGUGGCAGGAGGAGGAUCCGGGUCUGCGGUUCAAGAUGACUUUGCUGACUUUAUGGCUUUCGGGAGCUCGAAAGAUCAUAGGAACGAGGCAGUUUCGGCAGAUGCUGGUGGCGACGGCCAGGGUGAGGCGGCCCCGAAGCGGCAGCUUAUCGGUGCCGAUAAGUAUGACGUUUUCAAGCAACUUUCCAUGGAGGGUGGCCUGGGCUACGACGAUAACAAAGAAAGCGGUGGAGGCUCUUUCUCGUCACUCAAGAGCGACACGGACGACUUUGCGGACUUCCAGUCCUCCAAGUUCUGCACGGCGCUUGGGGCGUCCGACAAAAGCCUGGUGGACAAAGUGGUCGCCUUCAAGCAGGCCAAGGAAGACUCGGCCUCUGUGAAGUCCCUGGACCUCCCGUCCAUCGGGGGCAGCAGCGUGGGAAAAGAGGACUCGGAAGACGCCCUCUCGGUUCAGCUAGACAUGAAGUUAUCGGACAUGGGGGGAGACCUGAAGCAUGUGAUGUCUGAUAGCUCCCUAGAUCUGCCUGGUUUGUCAUCUCAUCAACCCCCUGCCGCAGAGGCUGACGAUUUGAAAUUUGACCCUUUUGGCACAUCAGCUGUAAGCAGUCUGGGCAGCUACGACUGGUCAGACAAAGAAGAUUUUUCAUCUGGUCAGGGUAAAAAGCUCCACGGAGGAUCUCUGGGCGGACUUCCAUCGUCAGUGGUGGUCCACAAGAAAGAGACGUCCUUUGGGAGCUCCGAAAAUAUCACCCAUACCACGGUUGCCAAGGUGACCACCUUCCCAAUCGAAGAUGGUGUCCCAGUUACCGAGAGCCGGUUCGAAGCGUUCGCCGACUUUGGCUCCGUCGAACAGGCUGGUCAAGAUGAAGAUGACUUUGGUGACUUUGCCAGCACAGUUUCGGAGAAAUCCGACUCCCCUCCCGGUACGGCUGAAACUGGCUCGGAGGGCAUGCCAGAUGAGUUUGGUGCCUUCCAUGGAGACAAACCCAAAUUUGGCAAAUCAGACUUCUUGAAGGCCAGCGCACAGACCAAGGUGAAAUCCAGUGAAGAGAUGAUCAAAAACGAGCUUGCCACCUUUGACUUGUCUGUGCAGGGCUCCCAUAAACGUAGCCACAGUCUGGGCGAGAAAGAAAUCGGUCGCUCUAUACCGUCUCCUGCACCCGAGCAGCCCUUCAGAGACCGCUCUAACACCUUGAAUGAAAAACCGGCGCUGCCCGUCAUCCGCGACAAGUAUAAGGAUCUCACCGGAGAGGUGGAGGAAAGCGAGCGGUAUGCGUAUGAAUGGCAGAGGUGUUUGGAGAGCGCUCUACAGGUUAUCAGCACUGCCAAUAAUAGCCUUAAUGGCAUCAGCAGUUCAACAGUGUGCACAGAGGUCAUCCAGUCAGCACAGGGCAUGGAGUACCUGCUGGGUGUGGUGGAAGUGUAUCGUGUGACCAAGCGCGUGGAGCUGGGUAUCAAAGCCACGGCCGUUUGCUCUGAGAAACUACAGGAGCUGCUUAAAGACAUCAGCCGCGUGUGGAACAACCUGAUGGGCUUCAUGUCGCUAGCGAACCUCACUCCUGAUGAGAGCUCUCUGGACUUCUCCUCUUGUAUACUGAGGCAUGGCAUUAAAAAUGCAAAGGAGCUGGCGUGUGGAGUUUGUCUACUCAACGUGGACUCUCGCAGCAAGAAGAAAGACGUGAACACAUUUGGACGCCUCUUUAAAAGAGCACUGACAAAAGACAAUCGCUCCAAAGUAAGGGCCUUCAACUCAGAGACGGACAACUUCAAGCUCACGUAUGGAGGUCACCAGUAUCACGCCAGCUGUGCUAAUUUCUGGAUUAACUGUGUGGAACCCAAACCGCCGGGCUUAAUUUUGCCUGACCUGCUGUAGAAUGUAUCCGCUGUUGGAGAGCAACAAAACCGGACCCAGUACUGAACCUUGUGGCACAGUCUGAAAGAUCAUGGGAGUCAUUCAUAAUUCUGUCACUUUAACUGUUUAUCGCUGUUUAACUUCAAAGCGGUACAGCCCUUGCCACUUGAAUUUGGGACGUCUAGAUCUGCCAUUUUCUGUAGGAAGGUCAGAUAUACUGUAUACUGCUGAAUAAUAAUUUAAACACUGUACAUGGAGUAAAAUAUGCCUUUGUCUGUACCUUUUUGUCUUUUGAUCUGCAAUUCUGUCAUUUUUGAAUGUGCCUGGUUGGAUUUGAUUCUGUGUUGAUGAUCGUUCAAGUAAAUAUUUCUGAAUUGUG